AUGGAAAUCCCAGAAAAAAUCGAGAGGUUUUCAAGCUGCCGGGGAGUGUCUUUUGAGAUUAAACCACAUUCUGAUCCAUUUGCCAUCCCAACACCGGCCAUAACUAACCGUUCCGGCGGUAGUAAAAGAUUUUGGAUUCCAUGGGGAAGCUUUUCUAAAGUGGUUCCUUCUUCUGAAAUGUUUGAAAGAACAAUAAGCAGAAGCAGUAGUCAUUUCUGUGAUCUUGAAUUUGAAGAAAAUGAUGAUGAGGUGGAGACUCUUGCUGAUAUUGAAGAAGGCCAUGAAGAAGAGAAAAUUGAGCAAGUUCCUCUAUCACUUCCGCCACCGCCUAGGGCAGCUGCCGCUGCCGGCGGUAAACAUAAGCAGUCAUCAAGACUCUCAGUUAUACUGCUUGAUCAAGGGUUGUUUACUGUUUACAAACGACUUUUUGUUGUUUGUUUGGCAAUAAACAUCACCUUUUUGGUUCUUGCUGCUACCGGGAAUUUCCAGUAUGCAAGAAAUAGGGCUGCAUUGUUCUCCAUCUGCAACAUAUUUGCUUUGGUACUCUGUCGAAGUGAGGCCUUUUUGAGAGUUGUUUUCUGGUUGGCAGUGAAUGUAUUGGGGUGGCCAUGGGUGCCCCUUAGGCUCAAAACCAUGACUACAUCUUUACUUCAAUCACUUGGUGGAAUACAUAGUAGUUGUGGAAUUUCCUCUAUUGCAUGGCUCAUUUAUUCAUUAGUCCUCACUCUAAAAGACAGAGAAAAUACCUCGUCUGAGAUCGUCGGUGUUGCCUCCACCAUUCUUGCACUCCUUUGUCUGUCUUCAGCCGCUGCAUUCCCCCUCGUUCGACAUCUCCACCACAACGUGUUCGAAAGGAUUCAUCGGUUCACUGGUUGGACCGCACUUGCUCUCCUCUGGGCAUUCAUCACCCUCACUAUCUCUUAUGACCCUAAAACAAAAUCCUAUAGAGAUGAUAUUGGAUCAAGUUUGAUUAAACAGCAGGAAUUCUGGUUUACACUUGCAAUUACUAUACUAAUCAUCAUUCCGUGGUUGACUGUUCGACGUGUCCCGGUUCAAGUCUCGUCACCAUCAGGUCAUGCCUCCAUCAUCAAGUUCGAGGGUGGAAUUAAGGCUGGAAUACUGGGUAGGAUUAGCCCUUCACCCUUUUCAGAAUGGCAUGCAUUUGGCAUAAUAUCAGACAACAAGAAAGAGCACAUGAUGCUGGCUGGUGCAGUGGGUGACUUCACAAAAUCUCUAGUCACUAACCCACCUAGCCACUUAUGGGUUCGACAGGUCCAUUUUGCUGGGCUUCCAUACCUAACCAACAUGUAUGACAGGGUCCUUUUGGUUGCCACGGGCUCAGGAAUCUGUGUUUUCCUUUCCUUCCUCCUGCAGCCAUGCAGGGCUGACGUUUGCUUGCUUUGGGUGACAAAAAAUGUAGAACAGAAUUUUGGUAAAGAAAUUAAGGAAAUGAUGAGUGGACAUCCUAAGGAUAAGGUGAUAAUGCAUGACACUGCCGUGCUCGGCCGCCCGAACGUGUCGGAAAUGAGCAUCGCCGCAGCUAAGAAUUGGGGAGCUCAGGUAGUGAUUGUCACUAGCAAUCCAGAAGGAAGCAGGGACGUGGUUGAUUCCUGCAAGGGUUCAGGAAUUCCUGCUUUUGGUCCCAUUUGGGAUUCUUGA